AGUUGAAACGGUUUUUAGCGCGCCCAACAAUUGGCAUCGCCAGCUCUCUUUUAAUACACGCAAAGAAAAGAAAAGAAAAAAAAAAAGAGAGGAAAAAAAAGUAAAUGUGAGUUGUUUUGACUGUGAAUUUUGUUCUAUAGUGUUGAAAACACGCGGACUUGUAAUACUUCGUGGUGAAAUUCACGCGGACAAGAUUAUAUUCUUUCGAUGAAUGAGUGACGUAACCUAAAAAAAAAUCGAGUUGUAUUUGGUGCAAGUAAAAACAAAAGAAAAAAAAUUGUAGUGGAAGCGUCUAUUUUAUUUUAAUUUCAUCGGGAAUUAUAGCGAUAGUAUUUAAAAAAAAAAAACAAGAGAAUUCAGUGUAACCGUUUUGUGUGACAAGUUGUUUUUUUUUUUUUUUUUGCUUUUACUAUUUUGUGGCUAAAAUAAGCAAAAUGUCUGUGGAUAUUGAAGAAGGCGAUUAUCUUGGCUCAUAUCAGUGUUUUUUUAAUAAUUUCAUCUCAAAUUUAAAUCCCGAUGAUCAACUCCCUGUAAAAAUGUGCGGAUAUGAUGUUACUGAAGGCGAAAUUGUGGGUGAAGUCAUCGAUAUGACUCUUCAAUACCUCAAUCAAAAAUUCUGUCCACCAAGUUUACAAUCACACAUGGUUCAAUUAGUAAUAGAUGAAGUAAAGUCAAUAUGUCGAACGCAACCCGAAGAUUGUGGCCUAAAACCUUAUGAAAAUACAUUUGCUCCUUUAAAAUUGAUGCAAGCAGUGAUAAGCAAAAUAAAUCAAAUUUGCUUUCGAUAUUUGGACAAUAGUCGUUUGGCCUUAUUACCGCCACCGCCUUCAACCCCAUUGCCUUUAACAACAUGUUAUGCUAUUAAAAAUACAAGAAGAAAAAUGGAAGAUCGUUCCGUUGUUUUAUAUGAUUUAAAUACAAUGUUCAGUAUUAAAGAUGAUUCCAUUGUAAAUUACUAUGCAGUAUUUGAUGGACAUAGUGGACAAGAUGCGGCAGUUUAUUGUGCUGCUCAUCUUCAUCAGUAUUUAGUGGAAAGUCCACAUUAUCCUAAGGAUCCAGAAAAUGCCUUAAAAGAUGCUUUCUUGACAACUGACGCUCGAUUUAUUAAAAAGAAUAUUAACAGUGGAAGUACCGCCGUUUGUGCUUUGUUAGUAAACAAAACUUUGUACAUAGCUUGGGCUGGAGAUUCACAAGCCGCUUUAAUAAAAGACGGCAAUUCCAUUCAACUCGUUAAUCCACAUAAACCAAACAGAGAAGAUGAAAUGAAAAGAAUCGAGAAGGAGGGAGGCUGUGUUAUUCACUAUGGUGUUUGGCGAGUUAAUGGACAUCUCAAUGUUUCGAGGUCAAUAGGUGACAAACAAUAUAAACCAUGCAUCUCAAGUGAACCGGAAAUUCUCAAAGUUCCGUUCGAUGGAAGUGAGGAUUUUUUGAUAAUAGCCUGCGAUGGAUUUUGGGAUUGCAUUGACGAAAAGAAAGCUGCUGCCAUUCUCUAUGACUUAAUUGAAACGAAUUCACAAAAUUACACAAAGGCGAGUCAUUAUUUGGUGGAGGUUGCAAAAAAUUUACAAUCACAAGACAACAUCUCAGUGAUUGUUGUUUUCUUAACGCAUCCAACAGAUAUUGAAGCAAAGUUAAAAAAUAAUCGGUCGUCCCUUGCGUUGAGAAUGGAUCCCAAUUCUCCGCAGGACGUCCAACAAUCGACAAAUUUCAAUCCAAUGGAUAAUACUGGUUCUUAUCCAUUUGAUAUGAAUUUUGGACCACGUGAUGAUAAUUCAGAAAAUAUUCAUGCAGUCGAUAUGGGAUGUUGUCCAUUUGAGAUGAAUUUUUCAAAACAACAACAACAACAAAAUCAUCAAACCAAUGGUUCAUUACACAUUGAUAAUGAGAAUUUUAAUUAUGAUAAUUCAACUAAUGGAAAACAUGAAAAUGGUUCAGCAAAAUAUAAGGAAGAGAAUGAUGAUGAUGAUGACGAUGAUGACGAUGACGAAUCUGAUGAAGAUUUGGGUCCAGAAACAGAUGUGGAUGCUGUUGAUAAUGCAAGUGUUCCAUUUGAAAAAAUCUCACGUGAACUUUUCCCUGAAAAGUCACAAUCUGAGAAUGAUAAUUUACAAAAGGAGGAUAAUUUAGAUGAUUCACAAAAUUCCACCGAUUCGAAAUCUCGACAAAAUGAACUGCUUCCUGAGGCAGAUAAUGUAGCGGACAGCGAGGAUUCCGAGGACGAGUGGAAUUAUUACCGCGUCGAGCCAGAUAAGGAUAAAGAUUCACCUGUUCAGGUGAACGAGACGUCCAACGAAUCUAAGGAGAAAGAGGCAAGUCCAAAGCCUCUUAUUGAAGACGACUCCGAAAACGACGAAGAAUCUCAUUCGAAAAUUGAGACUGAACCGAAAAGUCAAUCGUCCGAGUUUCUAAACACAGAGUGUAGCGAAAAGGAAUUAAUAAUUGAAAAAGAAGAUUUCGAGGAGGAUAAAAUGGAUUUUUCAUUGAAUCCCGAUGCAAAGGAAUUCAUUCCGCCAUCAAUGUUUUCACAACGUCAAAUUAUACAAGAUUUCCCCGUUGCUGGUUCACCAUUGAAACAAACGCCACAAGUAAUGGAUAAUAUUGAUAUUCCAAGUGAGGAGGAAUUUGAAAAAGGAGUAUCGGCGAGACCAAGGGACAUUGACGGCGCAGCAUCACCAUUAUCGAAACCACUUGAAUCAUGUCUUGAUGAAUCGGAAAUUUCAUCAACAAAAGCUGAAUUUGGCGAUGAAUCAACAACAAGUUUUCUCACUAGUGAAUUUCAACGAAAUGAAGUGUCAGCAAUGGAUUAUUCAUUUGCCGAUUCAGAACGUGGUGAUUAUGAUAUUGCAAAAGAUCCAAUGGCAAUGUCAUUUACUCCCAGUGAUUUGCAAGCAGCAUUUGAAAGAGAUGAAGAUCAUGUUGAUCUCAAUGCAGUUCACGAUUUAACUGAUGUUGAUUUCUCCGAUAAUGUUAAUGGUUUUGAAAAUAAUGAUAAUGAUAAUGAUGAAAAAAAAGAAAUUUCUCCACCUUUUGUAGAAGAGUCCGAAGCGCAAGCUUCGUUGAAUCCCUUCAAUAUGGAAACAUUGAGAGAGACGUUAAACGAGGAAAAUAUGAAAUCAGUAAAUUAUUCCGCGACGUCAACUGAUAAUGUCGAUGAUAUUUGUUUAAUUGAUACAAAAGUGCCUUUCACUGAAGAUUCACGAAAGAUCUCAGAAUGUGAAAAUAAUUCUCAAUAUCGUGAUUAUCCCAUUGAGACGAAUAAUCAAUUUGACGAUCAUUCGGAAUCAUCUAAUAUUGAUAGUUCACAAAAUGAUGUAGAGGAAAAAAUUCUUGAGAAUAAAAAUAUUUUUCCUCAUGAAAAUUUAUUGGUUAAAGAAGAAAAUCAUUUUGAAACUAUUGAAAGUCAUUUUGAUAAUGAAAAUCUUGAAACAAAGGAAGAAAUUUUGGAAAAUAAGGAGACUCUUUCGAUAAAUGAGGAAAUUCCUCAGGUUAUUAAAAAUGAAUCAUUGGAUAAUAAAGAAAUUCAGGAAAAAGAAAUAUUUAUUGAGAAAAAAGAAGAAAAUUUAAUUGAAACUCCAGAUUUUGAGGGUGAAAUUCAUGAUAUUGAAUUUGAUCCUGAAAUUCAAGAGAAAUCACAAACAUUAUUUGAAUUGAGUUUAGAUGAAGAACAUUUACAAAAUGAUGUUGGUAAAUUUCCCGAUGAGAAAUUAAUUGAAAACAAUGAUUUUGAACAGAAAACAAAUUAUCCGCCUAUUUUAAAUUUAUCGGAAUCAUUGCAAGAAUUUACUGGAUUGGAACGUGAAAUAAAUGAAAUAAAAGAGAAUAUUGUCACGGAAAGUGAAAUUCCAAAAGAGUCUAUCAUUGUCGAACAAAAGGAAUCAAUUAAUAUCGAAAGUUUGAAAAUUGAAGAAACGAAAAACGAAAUUGUUGCUGCUAUUACAGGUACCGUUGUCACUGCGGCAGCUGUGACAGUAGCGAAAAAGACAGUGGCACCAAUUUCAAAGACAAAAACGUCGACGAAGGCUCCUGUUAAAUCGUUGCCAACUUCACCGACAAAAACGGCAAGAAGUAGUGCAACAACGGCAGCAACAGCGGCGAAAAAAUCAACGAUAUCGAGACCAAAACAAUUGGAUACAAAGCCAAUGACAAAUAUUGGUAGCAAAACAAGUGGUACUUUUAAAGCGGCACCAGUUCCAAAAACAAGUACAACUGCUCCUAAAAUUACACCACGUCUCACAACAACAACAACAACAACAACAGCAACCACUGCCGCUAAACCGAAAACUCUAGUUUCAUCGUCAAAGACAACUUCAUUAGCUGCUGGUGAUAAAAAAUCUACACUCAAUGGCGAUGUAAAAUCGUUAACAAAAUCAACUGUUCCAAAAACAACAACAACUAAACCAUCGACUGUCACUAAAACAACACUAGUCAAGUCUUCCUCGACAACUCGAACUUCCACUGCUACUGCCGCGUCUCUAAAGCCAAAAUCGACUGCAACUUCCACUGCCGCGAAAAUUAGUUCCACUGCUCCGAGAACUGCCACGGCAACUACUAGGCCGAAAACGGCACCAGCAACAAUUGGAGCAUCAGUUGGAACAACAAAGCCACGUGUCUCAGCGGUGAAAUCAACAAUUAUUGACAAACAAAUAAAAGAGACGGCGAAUAAACAAAUUUCGUCGCGCGUCAAUUCGGCGCCAUUAAAAACAAGUCGUUCAUCGGGUGCAACAACUGUCACAGCAACAUCAACGGUAAAACGUACAUCAACAUUAAAAACUGCAACAUCGCCAACAAAAAAGGUCAGCAGCGCUCCACUUACAAAAACAACAACAACAACAACAAAAUCAUCCUCCGUUGCAAAAACAAAUGGAAAAGCAAUAACAAAAAAUGUCAAACCAAUUGUUCAAAAUGGCAAUUGUGUAAUAAAAAAAAUCGAAAGUGUCACGACAACAACAACAACAACAACAAAUAAUAUCGAGGAAGAUGUGCCUAAAAAAGAUAUUUCUCCAAUUGCAUCACCCACUGACAAUCAAUUACUAAUCACAGAGUGAAUUGGGAUUUAGUAAUAAAGAGAAAGAGAAAGAAAAAAAGAAAAAAAAACAAUAUUAGAAAAUUGUAUCGCAUUUUCGAUAUAAUUUUUCUUUUCUACUGGUCUUUGAUGUUGUUUUUUUUUUUUUUUUUGUAAGUUUUUCAAAAUCCGAUCAGCGGCUCUUUGACCACGUUUCAUUGCCAACAAAAAAAAUUUGUCCCUUUGUGUUUAUUCUGUUUGUCCUUUUUAAUUUAUAUUGUUUAUCGUUCUUUUUUUGUUAUUUUUAAAUUUCAAUUUUUAAAUCCACAUAUCUUCCACAAAUCAAUUAUUUUUAAUAGUAAUUUUUUUAAAAAAGUUAAUUUUUUUUUUCCUUACUAUAAGAAUAUAUAAUUUUUAAAAUAUGAACAUUUUUCUGAUAAAAGAAAAUUCCUAACUAAUUUUACAAAAUGAAAUCACUUUUUUUUUUUGUUAAUCAUUGAUACAUUUUACAAUAGAUAUCUUUUUCGAUUUUAGGGAAAAGAUAUAUUUUUUUUUUCCAAAAAAAAUCUGUUUUUUCAUUAAAUUUUUAAAAAAAAAUUUAAAUUACAAAAAACAUUUUUUUAAAAGUAGUAAUUUUUUUUUUACAAAUUAAUUUCUUUGACACCAAAAAGAGUGUUUUUAAUCACAUUUUUUUUUUAGAGAAAUUUUUGGUAACGACAAAAAAAAAACGGAUUUUUUUUUUUUGAAAAAAAGAACUUAAAAUGAAAUCAAUUUUAUCUAUAUUUUUGUAAAUUUUUGAGAAAAAAAAAAAUUAAUAAUUUUCUACAUGGAAACAUUCGGGAAUGAGCUUGAAGGGUGAGCCUGAUCCAAAGUAGGAAUUAAUUAAAAGUGAAUGAUGUUUUAAUCUACUUACGUAUGAUAAACGAAUAAUAUAUAGAUAUUGAAAGAUAUAUUUACCUAUUUGAACGUACCGCAUUAUUGCUUAAUUGCUUCGGUGUGCUGUUAAAGUCGCAUUGAAACUUAAAAAGUUAUUCCUGAGAGGAAGAAAGAAUGAAAGAGAGAAAGAGAGAGAGAGAAAGAAAGUAAGCUUGAAUUUUGUUGUGUAAAUAAGCAGUUGAUGAUGAAUAUUAUUUGUCGCUCGAAGAGCAAUAUUAAAGAAAAAAAAAAAUUAAAA